GCUGAAGCUUUUUGAUUUUCAUACAGGUGGUUUUUCAAAACAAUCAUUCUUCUGCAUUUUCCGGGAAAAAUACCCGAGUUUUCACAAGGAAAAAUGUCUCUCUCGAAUAAGCCAUUUCCUGCCCUCAAGAAUGAUAAUCUCCUGAGGGCGGCUCGUGGAGAAGCUGUGGACAGAGUUCCAGUGUGGGUGAUGCGCCAGGCAGGACGAUAUCUGCCGGAAUUCCAGGAAGUGCGAAAGAAGUAUGACUUUUUCACCGUCUGCAGGACGCCGGAAUUGGCGUGUGAAGUCACAAUGCAGCCUCUGAGGCGCUUCGACUUGGAUGCAUCGAUAAUAUUCUCGGACAUCCUCGUGAUUCCGCAGGCUUUGGGCUUGACGGUGGAAAUGCAUCCGGGAAAGGGACCUGUCUUCCCUGAGCCGCUCAGUGGCCCUGAUGACAUAGCCAGAUUGACUCCAGACGGCGCGGUGGAGCGCCUGAAGUACGUGGGCGAGGCUAUAACAAUGAUGCGUCACCUGCUGGACGGCAAAGUGCCUCUGAUUGGGUUCUCAGGAGCGCCCUGGACGCUGAUGGGAUACAUGAUCGAGGGUGGCGGCAGUCAGACCAUGUCGAAGGCCAAAGCCUGGAUUUCUGAUCAUCCUGAAGCGACGAAGAAGCUCUUGGAUCUGCUGACAGAGAUCAUUGUGGAUUAUCUGGAGAUGCAAGUGAAAGCGGGCGCUCAAAUGCUGCAGAUCUUCGAGUCCAGUGCUGAACGGCUGUCGAAGGAGGAAUUUCUCACAGUGGCUCUGCCUUAUCUGAAGGCAAUCCCGCUGAAGCUGAGGCAGAAGCUUCAGGAGCAGAAUAUUGAGUGUGUUCCAAUGACAAUCUUCGCCAAGGGCGCUGGACAUUCUCUGCGGGAACAGGCGCAACUGGGCUACGAGGUGAUAGGAAUUGACUGGACAGUGGAUCCCGUGGUGGCGAGGCAGGAAGUGGGGGAUAACAUCACACUGCAGGGCAAUUUGGAUCCCCAGGACAUGUACAAGAGUCCUGACGAAAUCACCACUUUGACGAAGGAAAUGGUGCAGAAGUUCGGCAAGAAGAGAUACAUCGCCAAUCUGGGGCAUGGAAUCACGCCUCAGACGCCCAUUGAGAGCAUGAGUGUCUUCUGUGAUACCGUCCAUUCAGCAAUAUAGGCGCAAAUCGGAGAAAU